AUGCGACCAGACCCAGGAGAGCAGCCCGCUGCUCCCAGUGCGCCAUGGAGGGCCGGGUCAGCCUUUGUCAUGGGCGCCGUGGGAUUGCUCUGCCGCGGAUUCUUGAUGAUGAGCAAGACCGAGACGCAUGGGCUGGAUGAAUUCGUGAAGCUGUUGGAGGAGCGCGAAGAUGUCGAGGGCAGGCAGAAAGGGCUAAUUACAGUAUCGAACCAUGUCUCUGUACUCGACGACCCCAUGGUUUGGGGCAUACUGCCGUUGUCUUACAUGUUCAGCCCUGAUAACCUGCGAUGGGGUCUGGGAAGCUACGACCUGUGCUUCACCAACAAGGGUCUUUCAACUUUCUUCACUCUCGGCCAAGUCCUUCCCACGCACCGUUUGGCGCAUUCGCAGUUCGGCGGCCUCUUCCAGCCUACCAUAACGCAAGCGAUACGGCUGCUAUGUCGCGGUCCCUUCCUCAACGCAAGCGAUCACUUGGAGAAGCCGUCCAAGUCCCUCCGCAGCCCAGACGUCUCCGACCCUUUCAGCGGCGGUCAUCUUACAUUCUCGACGAACGGCACCGAUACGUUCCCUUCGCCGUCAGCAUACCUCACGCGCCGCCAUGCUUGGGUUCACAUCUACCCGGAAGGCAUGAUACACCAGCACCCAGACAAGACCAUGCGCUAUUUCAAGUGGGGAGUGUCGCGACUGAUACUGGAGAGUGAACCUCUGCCGGAUAUUGUUCCGAUGUGGAUUGAGGGACCGCAGGACGCCAUGAGCGAGGAGCGCACAUUUCCGCGCUUCCUGCCGCGACCGGGCAAGAACAUCAGCAUCACUUUUGGCGACGUACUAGACGGAGAGAAGGUUUUUGGAGACUUGCGCGCACGUUGGAAACAGAUACAUGCGCAGGAAGAGAAGAAGAGCGGCAAACUAGAGGUGGGCGUCCUCAACGACAGUCUCAAGUAUUCGGACGAGGUGAAAGAGCUCCGCAAGGAGUGCACGACGAGAGUACGCAACGCCGUUUUAGAUGUACGCCGAUUGCGCGGUCACCCUGAAGAAGAUCCCAAGGCAGGCCUUGCGGAGACGUGGCUAAGAGAGGGACCCAAGAGGGAGGGCAGGAAAGAGGACGGCAGCAUCACCAAGGACACCUGA